AUGGGGAUCAGGCCACUGCCCUUGACAUCAUCAUCAGAUGUUCUGACUGUCAUGGAAAAAGUCACAGAUGAACCAGGGCCCCUCGAGGACAUCAAAGUCACAAUUCCAAAAGGAAACAUAUCCGUGGGUGUUUUAGGGGAGGAGUGUGUCCGUUUGCAGUGGAAAGACGGCCCCUGCACCUCCAGCCCUCACACCAAGGUUCCAAGCGAGAAGAGGGAGGAAGGGCAGGGACAAAGGGCCCUGAUAAAGAAGCAGCAGCAGGAUGUGGUUAGGUUUCUGGAAGCCAACAAGAUAGAGUUUGAGGAGGUGGACAUCACGAUGUCGGAAGAGCAGAGGCAGUGGAUGUACACGAACGUCCCCCCGGAGAAGAAGCCCGCCCAGGGCAACCCUCUGCCGCCGCAGAUAUUUAAUGGGAACCGGUACUGUGGAGAUUAUGACAGUUUCUUUGAAUCCAAGGAAAGCAACACAGUCUUUUCAUUCUUAGGCCUGAAAUCACAGUUGGCAUCAAAGGCAGAACCUUAGCGAAGACAAGCGGAAGAGGACGGAGA